AUGGCGGCACUCUCCACCAUCGAUUCCAACUCUGAAAUGAACAAACUCACUUCUGAAAUAUUCUCCAUUCUCGAAAACAAUUUCUUGUUCGGCUACGAUAAUCCCUUGGAACAAAAGAAAUCCGCCACCGGAAAAGUCAGAAUUCUUUCAAUCGACGGCGGUGGCGCCACCGACGGUGUCUUAGCAGCCAAGGCAAUUCUUCAUCUAGAGUCCUCCCUCCGCCGUAAGUCUGGAAGCACAAAUGCUCACAUUGCAGAUUUUUUCGAUGUCGCUGCGGGAUCUGGUAUCGGUGGCGUCUUGGCCGCUUUACUGUUCACUAGAGGAAAAGACGGUGGGCCGUUGUUCACCGCCGACGAGGCCGUUAAGUUUGUGACGGAGAAUGGCCGGAAACUUUGUCGUUCUUCCAAACAAGGCGUUUUACGGCGAAUUCUCCGAUCAACUGGAAACGUGUUCGACCAAACGUUUGGGGAUUUGACGUUGAAAGACACACUUAAAGCGGUUUUGAUCCCCUGCUACGAUCUUACCACCGGUGCUCCUUUUGUGUUUUCUCGUGCCGAUGCGAUGGAGAUGGACGGCUGUGAUUUCAAGCUGAGCGAUGUUUGUGCCGCCACGACGGCCGUUCGUGGACCGACCAAAACGUUUUCAGUUGAUCGAAGAACGAAGAUCGCAGCUGUCGGUGGUGAGGUUGCGAUGAACAAUCCGACGGCGGCGGCAAUCACUCAUGUGCUCUACAAUAAGCAGGAGUUCCCAUUCUGUAACGGCGUCGACGACUUGCUUGUGGUGUCAUUAGGUAACGGAGAGCCAUUAUCCGUGAUCUCCGGCAACCAAGCACCGUCGCGAACGGCGUUGGUUAAGAUCGUCGGUGAAGCAGUUUCCGACACGGUUGAUCAAGCUGUGUCGAUGGCGUUCGGACAAUCUCGAACAACUCGUUACGUACGUAUCCAAGCAAACAAAGGGUUGUUAGGCGUUGAAAAAUCUAGAAACGACGUAAACAUGUCGGUGUUGGCAGAGGAAAUGUUGAAACAACAAAACGUGGAAUCCGUAUUGUUCCAAGGAAAAAAGUGUAACAGCACGAACUUAGAAAAGUUGGAGCAUUUCGCUGGUGAAAUCGUCAAAGAAAAGGAGAGGCGAAAAACGGACAUGCUACCCGUAGUUUUACUAAGCCAGACUACAACAUCAUCUUCUGCACGAACAUCGUCGGCCACAACAUUGUCCACCAUAUCGUCAAGUUAAAAUGAUUGGGUUUGUUACUUUUUGAAGCUACCGCCGACACUACCAAUGAAAACGGUGUCUGUGCUGGGAUACGAAUCCGACUUAUAUAGAUUGUUUUCCUCUUUACUUUGUGUUCGGAGUUUCAUGUAUAGUUAUUUGAUAGAAGUAUUAACAACACUAAAGAGAGCGGUACCUGUGAAGGUCUCGGAACAAGGUCUCAGGUUCAAAUACAGCCGUGCACGUGUUGUAGGAUAUUGUCGUUUACCGAUCAUGGAAUCGGUACAAUGAGAACAGCCUGAAGAUUUGUGAGAACCMUUUUACCACCAUAUUAAAUAGAGGGCUUGGAUUUAUCAGCUCGCAUAGCGGGUUGGAUAUAGAGGGCUUGUGAUUUUUGCCCCUUCUAAGCAUAUAAUAUUAGAGUGAAGUUUGUGAUUUUGUUUUGGAUUGGAAAGGUUAUGAUCUUUGUUUGGAUCAUUAUAUGGUUUUCUAGAUGUAAAUCUUGGUCUUGUAACAUUGAUGUGAUUAUGAAUUUUAUUUAAUAUGA